AUGUUGGAGAGGCCAUGUUGGGGAGGCCAUGUUGGGGGAGGCAUGUUGGGGAGGUCAUGUUGGGGAGGUCAUGUUGGAGAGGUCAUGUUGGAGAGGUCAUGUUGGGGAGGCCAUGUUGGGGAGGCCAUGUUGGAUAGGUCAUGUUUGGGAGGCCAUGUUGGGGAGGCCAUGUUGGGGAGGUCAUGUUGGGGAGGCCAUGUUGGGGAGGCCAUGUUGGGGAGGCCAUGUUGGGGAGGCCAUUGGGAGGCAUUGGAGAGGUCAUGUUGGGGAGGCAUGUGGCAUGUUGGAGAGGUCAUGUUGGAGAGGCCAUGUUGGGGAGGCCAUGUUGGGGAGGCCAUGUUGGGGAGGCCAUGUUGGGGAGGCCAUGUUGGGGAGGCCAUGUUGGGGAGCAUGUGGGAGGCCAUGUUGGGGAGGCCAUGUUGGGGAGGCCAUGUUGGGGAGGCCAUGUUGGGGAGGCCAUGUUGGGAAGGUCAUGUUGGGGAGGCCAUGUUGGGGAGGUCAUGUUGGGGAGGCCAUGUUGGGGAGGUCAGGUUGGGGAGGCCAUGUUGGGGAGGCCAUGUUGGGGAGGCCAUGUUGGGGAGGCCAUGUUGGGGAGGUCAUGUUGGGGAGGUCAUGUUGGAGAGGUCAUGUUGGAGAGGUCAUGUUGGGGAGGCCAUGUUGGGGAGGCCAUGUUGGAUAGGACAUGUUUGGGAGGCCAUGUUGGGGAGGCCAUGUUGGGGAGGUCAUGUUGGGGAGGCCAUGUUGGGGAGGCCAUGUUGGGGAGGCCAUGUUGGGGAGGCCAUGUUGGAGAGGUCAUGUUGGGGAGGCUAUGUUGGGGAGGCCAUGUUGGAGAGGUCAUGUUGGAGAGGCCAUGUUGGGGAGGCCAUGUUGGGGAGGCCAUGUUGGGGAGGCCAUGUUGGGGAGGCCAUGUUGGGGAGGCCAUGUUGGGGAGGCCAUGUUGGGGAGGCCAUGUUGGGGAGGCCAUGUUGGGGAGGCCAUGUUGGGAAGGUCAUGUUGGGGAGGCCAUGUUGGGGAGGUCAUGUUGGGGAGGCCAUGUUGGGGAGGUCAGGUUGGGGAGGCCAUGUUGGGGAGGCCAUGUUGGGGAGGCCAUGUUGGGGAGGUAGGGAAGUAGGGAAGUAA